CCUAAUCAUCUAAAGCCUUUUCUGGACCACUUUAAGCAGCUUUACAUAUUCACCAGCAGAUUUUGAAAAGCAUGCCACCUAAUACUAUACUACUACUACUACCCUAAUAGAGGAAAUUAUUGAAGGUCCACUUAAGCACACCAUGAUCACUAUCUCGAUUAACCACACAAAGCUUCAAAUUAAGUGUCCUCAAGAGGAAGAUAAAAAUGAGAGCCUCCUCUCUAAGGCAACACAAGAAAAGGCAAGAUCAGCUUGAGCAGAUCAAAUCAGGAGGAUGCAGUAGAGCUUUGUGUUGUAGUAGUUGCAGGCUUAGUGUUUCAUCUUCUGAGGAAGCUGAGAGCACCAACUCGGAUCGGUUCGCUUCGGUUUCUAGCCUUGCUCACGCCAUGGUCCAGGAAAGGUUGGAGCAGAUGAUCAGAGAAAGAGAAAUGAAGACUAUCAAUAGUAACUUGGCAGAGAGAAGAAGGCAAAGAGUAAGUUGUAGUAGUAGUAGUGAUCAAGGAACUAGUAGUAGCAGUAGAACUAAGUUUGUUUUAAUGGUUGCCAUGGAAAAGUGUUCUAAUGAUAUUAGAGAGGAUUUUAGAGAAUCCAUGGUGGAGAUGAUUAUGGCUAAUCGGAUUAGAGAGCCUAAGGAUCUUCGUAGUCUCUUAAACUAUUAUGUUUCCAUGAAUUCGGAUGAAUAUCAUGGUGUUAUAUUGGAGGUCUUUCAUGAAGUUUGCUCUCGUUUGUUUUUAUCUUGUAAAGGUCAUUAUUCAUAUGCAAAAUGAAAAUCAUAAUGUAAUGAGAUCA